AUGGCGAGUGUAGUGAACUUUCUUCAACAAAGAUCUAGAGUUUUCCUUUCAAAAUGUCGGAGGGUUCAGCUCCUUUCAGGUCGCAAGGUGUCAACAGGCAGAAUUCAUUCAGACUUCCAAUGUCGCCUCGCUGAAUCGACUGACUUCGAUGCUGUCGUGAAGUUAUCGGAGGGAUUAUACAACGGGUACGACUUCCUUCCAGUUGUAUACCACAAAUGGCUCAAAAAGGAAAAUGUGGCCAUGAUGCUGUUGUAUGCAGGCAAAAGUCUUAUUGGUCUACAAGCGGGCUGCAUCGUCGACGAAGGAAAAACGCUUGUCUGGCGUGCAGCGCGAGUUGCACACAAUCUUGAAGGCCAGGGUCUCCAACGAAAGUUAGCUGUAAAAUUGGGCGAACAUGUACAAGCAAAGUUUCCCGAAGUCUCUAGAAUACGAACGGCGACUCAUCUAGAGCCUCAAAGGAAAAGUAGGAAUUCGUUUGAGAAACGUCUUGAGAGAGAUGAGCUGUCAUUUUUUGUAGAAGAGAAGUCCGCGAGAAAAUUUGACAGACUGAAUUUCCGCACGAGCCUUAGAACGGAAGAUGAAUUUCAAGUACAGUCAUGCACCAAAGAGUACUUCGCUAACAUUAUGCUGUCCUCCUCGGUGAUCACUGAGCUGUGUCCUAACAAUAUCCUUGUGUUUGACUGGUGCCCGUACGAGCCCCUCCGUUCAAAUGUCGACUUAAUCCUGAAAGAAGACCAUAACACCCACUUCUUUGCAGAGAAAAAUUCCGCCGAAGCCUCUCCGAAAUCUUUUAGCUACGGAGUUCAUGCAAAGACAGUAGAGACGGAGAAAUGGGAGGCUUCAGUUUAUAGUGAUGAUCCAGCUAUCUUUCAAGCUCAUCUCCUGCAUCAGUUCAAGCGUGCUUGUGAAAUCAUCGACAGCAAAUUCACCUUCUUUUCAGUUCAAGAUAGAACCAUGACAGGGUAUGCCAGAAAGAUAUUAGGAGAAAUGUUGCAGCUAAAAGAGGCCAAUCUUCUCAAGGGUACGACGAUGAAAGUGUUCGAGAGACCUUUUACUUCUUAA